AUGGCCAUGGCUUUAGGAGUGGCGACAAGUCCGUCUGCAGAAACAGCAACAGACGCCGGCCUGAACCCUAAAGGAUUAGACAAAAAGAUACGACAACUGUGUGGGCUGUUUGUUUUCAUCAAGGAAUCCAAACUCUAUCUCAUUCAUCAGACUGCACGAGAGUUCCUGAUUAGCAAACACGAUAGCUCUGCCAACGUCCAUUGGCAUCUGGAGCAGCGCAAAACAGAGAUGCAAAUGACUGAAAUAUGUGUCAAAUACCUUCUUAUGAAUGAUCUGGUCAGCAAUGGGGAAGAGUCUGUACGGAGCUUACUGGAUUAUUCUGCAGAAAAUUGGGCCGAUCAUUUUCGAGACGUAUUAUCCCCGGAAGAUGAGGUAGUGGAUAGGGUCUGGAAGCUGUAUGAUGUCACAACGGAACGAUUUCGCUUGUGGUUUCCUAAAUUUUGGAGUGCAGUAAUGUCACAUCGUGGAGACCCGCAAAUGAAGGCGUUACAUUUGGCUGCUUUCAAUGGCCAUCCAGACGUACUGUACCGGGUAGAUGUGAAUAAAACAAGUGCAAUUGAUCUGGUCGACGGGUCAGGGACGACAGCAUUACAAUGGGCUUGUGAACAAGGACAUCAUAAGAUUGCUCAGCUACUUCUCGAAAAGGGAGCAGACGUUAAUGCUCAGGGUGAAAAAUACGGCAAUGCUCUUCAUGCUGCUGCGCGAGGAGGAAACCCUAAGCUCAUGCAGCUACUCCUCGAAAAUGGAGCAGACGUCAAUGCUCAGGGUGGAGAAUACGGCAAUGCUCUCGUUAUUGCUACUCGAGAAGGGAACCCUGAGAUUGUUCAGCUACUCCUCGAAAAGGGAGCGGAUGUCAAUGCUCAGGGUGGACAAUACGGCAAUGCUCUCCAGGCUGCUGCUCAAGGAGGACAACUUGAGAUUGUUCAGCUACUCCUUAAAAAGGGAGCGGAUGUUAAUGCUCAGGGUGGAGAAUACGGCAAUGCACUCCAGGUUGCUUCUGGUGAAGGACACCUUGGGAUUGUUCAGCUACUACUCGAAAAGGGAGCGGAUAUCAAUGCUCAAGGUGGAGAAUACGGCAAUGCUCUUUUUCGUGCUACUGAAAGAGGACAUCUUGACAUUAUUCAGCUACUACUCGAGAAGGGAGCAUAUGUCAAUGCUCCAGGUAGAUUCGAUAGCAAUGCUCUCUACGCUGCUACUGAAAGGGGAUAUCUUGUGAUUGUUCAGCUUUUACUCGAGAAGGGAGCAGAUGUUAAUGCUCAGGGCGGAAAAUAUGGCAAUGCUCUUUUCUGUGCUACUGAAAGAGGAUAUCUUGAUAUUAUUCAUCUACUACUCGAGAAGGGAGCAGAUAUCAAUGCUCCAGGUGGGUUCGGUGGCAAUGCUCUCCUCGCUGCUAUUCAAGGGGGACAUCGUGGAAUUGUUCAGCUAUUACUCGAAAAGGGAGUAGAUAUCAAUGCUCAUACGUUAUUUGGAAAUGCUCUCUACUUUGCUACUGAAAGUGGACAUCUUGAGAUCGUUAAGCUAUUACUCGAGAAGGGAGCAGAUAUCAAUGCUCAGGGUGGACAAUAUGGCAAUGCUCUUCAGGUUGCUGUUCAAGGCGGGAAACAAGAGGCUAUUCAGCUAUUACUCGAGAAGGGAGCGGAUAUCAAUGCUCAGGGUGGAGAAUAUGGCAAUGCACUCCAGGUUGCUUCUGGUGAAGGACACCUUGGGAUUGUUCAGCUACUCCUCGAAAAGGGAGCGGAUGUCAAUGCUCAGGGUGGACAAUACGGCAAUGCUCUCCAAGCUGCUGCUCGAGGAGGACAUCUUAAGAUUGUUCAGCUACUACUCGAAAAGGGAGCGGAUGUCAAUGCUCAGGGUGGAGAAUACAGCAAUGCUCUCCAAGCUGCUGCUCGAGGAGGACAUCUUAAGAUUGUUCAGCUACUACUCGAAAAGGGAGCGGAUGUCAAUGCUCAGGGUAGAGAAUACGGCAAUACUCUCCAGGCUGCUGCUCACGGAGGACACCUUGGGAUUGUUCAGCUACUCCUCGAAAAGGGAGCGGAUGUCAAUGCUCAGGGUGGACAAUACGGCAAUGCUCUCCAGGCUGCUGCUCGAGGAGGAUAUCUUGAGAUUAUUCAGCUACUCCUUAAAAAGGGAGCGGAUGUUAAUACUCAGGGUGGAGAAUACGGCAAUGAUCUCCAGGCUGCUGCUCGAGGAGGACAUCUUGAGAUUGUUCAGCUACUCCUUAAAAAGGGAGCGGAUGUUAAUGCUCAGGGUGGAGAAUACGGCAAUGCUCUCCAGGCAGCUGCUCGAGGAGGAUAUCUUGAGAUUAUUCAGCUACUCCUUAAAAAGGGAGCGGAUGUUAAUGCUCAGGGUGGAUACUAUGGUAAUGCUCUCCAGGCAGCUGCUCAAGGAUGGAAUCCUGAGAUCGUUCAGCUACUACUUGAGAAGGGAGCAGAUGUUAAUAUUCAGGGUGGAGAAUUCCGCAACGCUCUCCAAGCUGCUGUUCAAAGAGGGACUAUUAAUAUCGUGCAGCUACUCCUCGGAAAGGGAGCAGAUGUUAAUGCUCAUGGGGGAUACUAUAGUAAUACUCUCCAGGCUGCUGCUCGACGAGGAAACCCUAAGAUUGUCCAGCAACUUUUCGAAAAUGGAGCAGAUGUCAAUGCUCAGGGUGGAGAAUACGGCAAUGCUCUCCAGGCUGCUGCUACUAGCGGAUAUCUUGAGAUUGUUCAACAACUCCUCGAAAAUGGAGCAGAUGUUAAUUCUCAAGGUGGAAAAUUCGGAAAUGCUCUCCAGGCCGCUGUUCAAAGAGGGAAUAUUAAGAUCGUGCAGCUAAUCCUUGAAAAGAAAGCAGAUGUUAAUGCUCAGGGUGGACAAUACAGCAAUGCUCUCCAGGCUGCUGCUCAAGGAGAGCAUCUUGACAUUAUUCAGCUACUACUUGAAAAGGGAGCGGAUGUCAAUGCUCAGGGUGGAUACUAUGGCAAUGCUCUCCAGGCUGCUUCUGCUGAAGGACAGCUUAAGAUCGUUCAACUAUUACUUGAGAAGGGAGCGGAUGUCAAUGCUCAGGGUGGACAAUACGGCAAUUCUCUCCAGGCUGCUGCUCGAGGAGGGAACCCUGAGAUUGUUCAACAACUCCUCGAAAAUGAAGAAGAGAGCUAUGCUUAUGGAGGAUACUAUAGCACUUUUCUCCAGGCUGAUAUUCAAAGAAGAUAUCUUAAAAUUGUGCAGCUGCUCCUCGAAAAAGGAGCAGAUGUCAAUGCUCAGGGUGGAGAAUACGGCAAUGCUCUUCAGUCCGCUGUUCAGAAAGGGAAUAUUAAGAUCGUGCAGCUACUCCUCGAAAAGGGAGCAGAUGCCAAUACUCAGGGUGGACAAUACGGCAAUGCUCUCCAGGCUGCUGCUAGAGGAGGGAACCCUAAGAUUGUCCAGCAACUCCUCGAAAAUGGAGCAGAUGUCAAUGCUCAUGGAGGAUACUAUAGUAAAUCUCUCCAGGCUGCUGCUCGAGGAGGGAACCCUGAGAUUGUCCAACAACUCCUUGAAAAUGGAGCAGAUAUCAAUGCUCAAGGUGGAGAAUACGGCAAUGCUCUCCAGGCUGCUGCUCGAGGAGGACAUCUUGAGAUUAUUCAGCUACUACUCGAAAAGGGAGCGGAUAUCAAUGCUCGGGGUGGAUACUAUGGCAAUGCUCUCCAGGCUGCUUCUGCUGAAGGACAGCUUAAGAUCGUUCAACUAUUACUUGAGAAGGGAGCGGAUGUCAAUGCUCAGGGUGGACAAUACGGCAAUGCUCUCCAGGCUGCUGCUCGAGGAGGGAACCCUGAGAUUGUCCAAGAACUCCUCGAAAAUGGAGCAGAUAUCAAUGCUCAGGGUGGAGAAUACGGCAAUGCUCUCCAGGCUGCUGCUCAAGGAGGAUAUCUUGAAAUUGUUCGGCUACUACUUAAAAAGGGAGCGGAUGUCAAUGCUCAGGGUGGAUACUAUGGCAAUGCUCUCCAGGCUGCUACUCGAGGAGGACAUUUUGAAAUCAUUCAGCUACUACUUGAGAAAGGAGCGGACGUCAAUGUUCAGGGAGGGGAAUAUAGCAAUGCUCUCCAGGCUGCUCCUCAAAGAGGACAUCGUGAUAUUAUAGGGUUAUUGCAAAACCCCGACUAG